AUGGCAGAUCUCUAUCGAAUUGAGCAAGGAGAAAAUGAACACCCAAAGUUGUACCUGCAAUGCUUUAUCGAUCUUGUGCACCAAAUUCACGAUGUAGAGCCAACAACAACAGCUAACCUCUUCGUCAAGAGUCUGCAAGUAGGGUCCCUCUUACACGAAAACCUCACUAUGAUCCCACCUUAUGACAUGGCAGACAUACAGGCCCGUGCCGAAGGUGUCUUCAGAGAUUUUGAAUAUCGAGAGCACGCCCAGAAGAAGACCUCUCUCAUUUCCACACCACCGCCAAACAACCCAUCUCCCCCAUCUAAAGGGGACGAUAAGAGUAAAAGACAUGAGUCAGAACCUUCGAAAGGGGAAAAGAGACCAAGGACCAGCCGAGAUCCACCAAGAUUCUCUUCUUUCGAAUACACCAUCCCACAGGAGGUCAUCUAUGAAGAGAACAAAGAGUGGCCCAUCUGGCGGGAACCAUACAAAAUCACCACUCCUCCAGAGAGGCGAGACAAGAAUAGGUUCUGCAUCUUCCACAAGGACCACAGACAUACGAUAUAUGAAUAUCACAACCUCCACAACCAAAUUCAGGCCCUUAUGAGAAACAGACGAUUGACUCAGUAUAUCAAAGGAUCUGAUAGGACAGGCAUCCUGCAGCCCAAUAUCACUCUUACUCCAACACCCACGAUAACGCCAACCUCCACAAAUGUGGCUUCUUCGAGUUCACAAGAGCCUCUAAAGCAAGUCCCCAUGAUACAUAGAAUCGUGGAAACGACCAUGGAACAAGAGCAAAAAACCAAAUAUCAUAGGCGAAUGGAGGAGGAGAGGUAUUACCCUGUUGCUUCAAUAACUUUCAUAGAAGAAGACCUGUGGGAAGUGCAUCUACCUAAUGAUGACCCAUUGGUCAUCAAGCUCCAAGUAGAUUGUUGCCAAUUGGGGAGAGUUUUAGUUAAUGGAGGCAGCGGCGUCGAUGUCCUCUUCUGGGAAGCCUUCCAGAAAAUGGGCUUUGAGGAAAAUCAGAUCAGGCCUACUAUUGCACCAAUCUUGGGGUUCAAUAGCCAAAGAGUAUACCCGAAGGGAGCAAUCAGACUGAAUGUAAUCGCCGCAGAAUGCAAUUUAGAAGUGGACUUCUUGAUAAUAGAUUAUAUCACAAGCGACAACGCAAUCAUGGGACAAAAUUGGAUCCACAGAAUGCAAGGUGUUGUCUCCACUUUUCACCAAGUUAUGCGAUGCCAAUCACCCAAUGGGAACUACACCAUUGACAUAAAAGGAUGUCGAGGCAGGCAAAGAAGUGCUACCUGA